AUGGUGCCAGGAGAUCUCGAUAACGUUGAAGCUGCAGAAUCCGUCGGGUCAAAUGCGGAGAGGAGAGACCAUCGUGCACGCGAUUAUCCACUGUCAACAUCCUCGCUUGUUCAGGGUGAGCGUCACGCCUUUGAAUACUAUUUCCAUCAUGUCGCUCAAGCGCUGUCUGACCCGCUCGAUUUCGGCUUCUGGUGUGGGACAGUACUCCAGAUCUGCCGCGCCGAGCCUACCGUCUGGGAUGCUAUCGUAGCUCUGAGCACAUUGUAUGAGUCGCCCACUGUGUUGUCCAAGCUGUAUGAUGCGCCCCCUGUGCGAUCCAGGUUGUAUGAUGCGCUCCCUGUGCGGUCCAGGGACUUGUCGUCGCAUUUGUUGUCUGUUACAGUGCCGACUCAACGUCAGCAGCAGGCCUUAACAUGGUACUCCCGGUCCAUAGGGUCGCUACGGCGGCAGAUCGAACGAGGGGUGGUGGAUGUUUCGGUGGCGCUGGUUAGCUGCAUUCUGUUCAUCUGCAUCGAACUCCUCCAGGGGAACGUCCGUGAAGCCCUAGCGUUAUAUAAACAGGGGUUGCAACUAGUAAGAUCUACAACGGCACCCACCUCGACGAUGAUUGUGAUUACAUCUGUGCUGCAGCGCAUGGGCCCAUGGGCACUCAUCAUUGGGGGUAUUCCACAUAUGUCUGAAGGGAAUUGUAGUGGUGACGAGUCUUGUGCGAAGACCCCCUUUCCCUCUAUCUCCGAAGCGCGAAGUUGUCUUCAUGCCUUCUUUCCGGACUGGAAGAGCCUUGACUGCGACUCUCGCUCUAGACAACACACAGUAACAUCUACACCAGAUAGCUCGCUUCACAUCCGUCAAAAACUCCUCGAACACCGUAUUCUGGCUUGGCAUGCUCGAUUUAGCACAAUGCUAGAGGUUCAGCGAUAUACACAUACCCAUGCAGCCAUUGAAAACCGGCUUCUAGGCAAACGAAAUACCCACGACGGCAUCAUCGCUGGCCUAAUAAUGACAUACACCAGCAUCCUUAUCCUCACUCAAACAAUUAUCAACUAUAGCGAAUCCGUCUACGACGCCUACAAUUCUGAGUUCGUGCAAAUAAUCACGCACGCACCCGUGGCGCUAGCUGCCACGGCCUGUGAUGACGACCAGCAACCCCCCUUUGUCUUCGACAUGGGUAUCGGCAUGCCCCUGCUCAUUACAGCGCUCAAGUGUCGAUCGCCGGCGGUUCGGCGCCAGGCACUUCGCCUUCAGCGGCAGGCGCCGCAAAUUCAGAGCUUCUAUCUGGGAGCGUUGGCAACGCACGUUGUGGCUGCUAUUGUGGCGGUCGAGGAGACAGGACCGUCGACGAAUGAAGUUCCGGCGAUGGGAUUUCUAGAUCAGCUUGGAUGCGUCCCACCGGAUGAUCAGCGGGUGUUGGAUUUUUGUGUAUUGCCUGCGGAGGUUGUUAGCGGCAAGGUGCGUCUGGUGUUGCAGUACACGCGCAGGGAGACUGUAGGAGUUGAGCAGCGUAUCGUCGCGGAGAGGGUGAUGUUAGCUCAAGAUAGGAUGUGA